UUUUUAUUUAUUAUCUCGGACUCGGUGCUCGAACAGUAAAUUAUUUACAAACGAAAAGUCAUUCAAGGUGGUACCGUCAGUCAAGUGAUUUAUAUUUUAAUUUUUAAACAAAUAGUGAGUUGAAUUUAAUAUUUAAGUGGUGGAGAUUUUAUUUCAUUGCAACAUUGAUCGAAAGAAGAAUUAAUAAUGCGUGUUUUAAUCGCUUUGGUUGGCCUAAUUGCCGCAACAAGUGCAGUUUCUUUUGUUGACAUCGUUAAAGAAGAAUGGCAAACAUUCAAGCUCUCUCAUUCCAAAAAAUACAAUACUGACGUAGAAGAAAAGUUCCGAUUGAAGAUCUUUAUGGAGAACAAACAUAAGAUUGCCAAACACAAUCAGAAAUACGCACAAGGCUUAGUCGGUUACAAAUUGGGUGUGAAUAAAUAUGCCGAUCUACUACACCAUGAAUUCGUAAACGUUAUGAAUGGAUUUAAUCGUAGUGCUUCAACAUCACAAGGCUUAAAUGGAAUUUUUAAGGACAGUGGUGUAACAUUUAUAAGCCCGGCUAAUGUAAAACUGCCAAAAUUGGUUGAUUGGAGAGAAUCUGGAGCUGUUACCCCAGUCAAGGAUCAAGGUCACUGUGGAUCAUGCUGGUCAUUCUCCGCAACUGGCGCCUUAGAAGGCCAACACUUUAGAAAGACUGGAGUAUUGAUCUCGCUUUCCGAACAAAACUUGGUCGACUGUUCAACAAAAUAUGGCAACAAUGGUUGCAAUGGUGGUUUAAUGGACCAAGCCUUCAGUUACAUCAAAGACAAUGGAGGAAUCGAUACGGAGAUGGCCUAUCCUUAUGAAGGAAUCGAUGACUCAUGCCACUUUGAUAAGAAGAACAUUGGUGCAACUGAUAAGGGAUUUGUUGAUAUUCCAGUGGGUGAUGAAGUCAAGUUGAUGGAAGCCAUCGCAACAGUUGGACCAGUGUCUGUUGCUAUCGAUGCAUCACACGAAUCAUUCCAAUUCUACCAAGAAGGUGUUUAUGACGAACCCACUUGCAGUUCCGAGGAAUUGGAUCAUGGUGUUUUGGCUGUUGGUUAUGGUACCGAAGAGGAUGGUUCCGAUUACUGGUUGGUGAAAAACUCAUGGGGUACCACUUGGGGUGACAAGGGUUACAUUAAGAUGAGCCGUAAUAAGGACAACCAAUGUGGUAUUGCUUCAUCUGCUAGCUAUCCACAAGUAUAAAUAAUCUUGUUCUAUUGUAAUAAUUUUAUAAAUUCUAUUCUUUUCUCAGUUAAUAAUUAUAAUUUCAAGAAUUAAAUAAGAGUUAUUUUUAUGAAAA